AUGAUUCCUCUACUAGUUUAUAGAACAAGUUCUGCAGUAUCGACAAAUGCAAGUAGCGUUGCAAGCGGUUAUGCUGAAAAUCCUUCUACAUUACCAGACCAGUUUAAGUAUGAAAAUUGUGAAAUUGAAAAUAUAUUUAAAGGAGGUUAUACAAAUCAUUUUUACUCUUUAGCCAAUGGGACCUCAAAGUGCUUCUAUGGAAGUUACAUUAUUGCUGGAAAUGCUUCUUACGGUAUUGAGUCAAAAACUAUUAGAAUAUUCAAAGAAAAUGACCAUGUGAAGAAAGAUAUCGUAUCAACUCGGUCAUUUCAAAACGCUGUCGCAGUUAUUGCAGCCAACUCUACAAAUGCUGAUGUAGCGUAUAAUUUUGCUUUGUACUCUCCCGUGGUUUCUAAGGUUACAUGCUCUGAAGAUUGCUUACUUCAAGUAGUUAAAAUACCUAACCCUAUAUCGUAUACUACAGAUAGUAAGAAUACAAAGGAAAUUAAAGUUUUUAUCAUCAUUGACCAUGCUCCUCCAGAUGUAUUAGAACAAAAAUACCAAUUCUCCACAGAAAACAAAUCAUUUUCAUUCGAAAACCUUGUCGCCGUUUAUUCAAAAUCUCGUAAACCUUCUAUAUCAGCUACCUCCCAGAUCACUGCCAAAAUGACCGUAGAUGGAAGUGACUCCACACAAGAUGGCAAUGUAAUCGCAGUCAAAGUAAAUUAUGACGAUUUGCUCAAAACUGACCCUUCAGACGAUAAGAACGAGACAAUUAACUAUUCAACAGAGAAAUCUACAAAAACUGCUAUUUCACUCUUCAAAGCAGGUUUAGGCACUGUAACCGAUAAUGGAGCUUCUUUACUGACACUUAAUGGACUUGGUUGGGUAGGUACAGGAACUUCUUACACAAUACUUGAUAGUGGCGAUCAAGGUAAGGAUAUCGCAAUCGCAGUCUCAGCAACCCUCGGAGCUGUCUCGUUGGUCCUCCUUCUCGCACUUGUCUGCCAAUGCAAGAAGAAAUGCUAA